GCGGCGUUGUGUUGUAUGUCGGACAAAAAAAUAACCACAAUCGUUUGUCAACAAAUAAUAAGUUAAUAUGCAAAAAAUGAUUGAUUUUUCGUAUAAUUAAAACUUGUUUGCAUAUAGUUUUACGAAAAGCUGCAACAAUCAAGUUUUUGAAUAAAUAGCAAUGGAUACUGGGUGUUGAAUCUUUCUAUAAUGAUAUCUUCGUGAAUACGUGAAACUUAACCUAAAAUACUAUCUGACUAAUAAUUAACAAUUCGUUGCUAUGGUACGAAGUCGCACACCUUCGCCCGCAAGAAGAAGAGGGGACCGCGAUCGUUCCAGAGAACGGGACAGAGAUCGACGUAGACGCCGCUCUCGUGAAAGACGUAGAAGAUCAAGCGACAGAGAACGUGUCAAGUCGAGAGAUCGAGAAAGAGAUAGAGACAGGGAACGUGAUAGACAUAGAAGAUCAUUUAGCAGAUCAAGAUCCAGGUCAAGAGAUCGAGAAAGGCCAAAACCCAAAAAUAAACCACCCACUGCUGAGCGUCCGAUGAUAACAGAGGCUGAUCUCCAAGGCAAAACUCCGGAAGAGCAAGAAAUGAUGAGGAUAAUGGGUUUCUGCGGCUUUGACACGACCAAAGGGAAAAAGGUUGAUGGGAAUGAUUCAGGUGCCGUACACGUCAUUUUGAAGCGCAAGUACCGACAGUAUAUGAACAGGAAGGGUGGAUUCAACAGACCUCUUGAUUUCGUAGCAUAAAAUAUUGGAACUUUUUUAUUAACGAAGGAAAUAUUGUCGUAAAUAAAAAACUAUUCUAGAAAUACACUGUUUGAAGAAUUCAAUGAAUGAAAAAGCAUGCCUUAAUUAUAAUCACGUAGAAAAAUAGUGUUUCUGAUUUUUAUUGUUUACAUGCAUUUGGAGAUCAAUGAGUUAUCAUUUUUGUACAUUUUGGAUGGUUUUUUGUUGAUGGAUUUUCCGUUACUUUCGUAACGAACUUUGAGUAUCGAAAUGAGUUGUAACAAUAAAAAGAUGACCAAUGUUUCAACUGA